AUGCCUCCCAAGCAAAACGCUCCUUGCCAGGGACAGAAGAAUCUUGAAGAUAGGACGUAUGAAACGUUCAAGGAAGCCUUCGAUGCGGUCAAGGCAGAUGCUCGCAUCACAGCAUCAGCCGAGCCCAAGCACAGGAGAGAGCACAAGCGAGAUGACGUCGGCCAGAAGAAGAGCUUCACCUGCAGGGAGUGGUUUUUUGUGGAGGGGGACAAGAAUCUGGUAAUUGUCGAGCAUCCGCCUCACAGAUUCACGAAACCACAGGUAGAGUGGUCAAAAGGACCACAUUUGCACGGCUACAUGCCUGUGGUUCCUUCCGGCCCCUCCAACAACAGUGAUUCUUACGCACACAACCAAGUCCAGCACCCAGACUGCAGAGCUCAUUACUUCUUCCGCCAAUUUUGGAAGGAGAGUGCACCGAAGGCAGAUAAAGUGCGCGCGGUCGAUGGUUGGGGCUGGGAGGACUGGGAGAAAAAGUUCGUCGGAUCUCAAGCCAGUCACGACAUGUACAAUCAACUCCUACUUUUUGCGAACAAGGAGGAAGACACACAACGUGGCAAGAAGAGGGUCCACGUGGCAGUCACUGAUCUGACAGAGGAAGAAACAGAUGGUGAGGACUUCGAGGUCGAAGAAUUCGCGGAGGAAAGGGUAGUGGAAGCGGCGAUUACUGAUGACAACGUUGUGGAAAUCGUACAGUCCCUCUCCGAAGUCGGUCAUGCCGUAAAGACUGGGAAGUCAGAGGCUCCCAAGACUCCCAUGACUGAGCCUUCAGCGGCUCCAUCCGCCGAAGUUGCAAAGGCGCCCUUGCCUUGCUCAGCACCGGCGACUCAAUCCGGGUCCACUUCCGGAGAUGCAUCAAAGCAGAUUGCACCGGUGGCUCAAUCCGGGUCCAAGUCCGGAGAUGCAUCAAAGAAGAGCAAGAAGGGCUGGAAGAUCCGCUGGACCACCACCAUGACCCAGGCAGAGUUUGAACAAGCACUGCCAAGCCUCAGCCAGAAGCUCGCAGAUGCAUCUUCAAAGCUCACAGCUGAAGACGUACAAAAGAAGAAGCUCAGCCCCAAGGUGGUGGAGAAGCUGAAAUCGAAACCGAAGCUGCGCCUUGUGAGCUUCAGCAGCCGCAGCCCAGCCGUGGACGAUUCCGGCAGUGCUCCAGGGGGGCUUGGCGGAGAUGCGGACACACCUGAAGAAGGCAAGGCCCCCGCCGAGGCUCGCGCCAUUGAGGAGACGUGUUCCAGUGCAUUGGAGGAGGUGGCGGCGAAAGUCUCAGGUCUUUGCGCUGCGAAGGCAGAGUGGGCGCGGGGCAUCUCCUUGAGCGAGCCCUGCGAUCUGAGCAAGGAGCUUUCUGAGCUCAUGGCAGGCACCCGCAUGGCUGACGUGGAAAGCCCCGAUGUGGAGGAUCCGCGGGAGCUUCUGCGGAAGUGCUCGGGAGGGCGUGCCCUGCAAGGCUGCAUCCCCACGAAGGAACACUGGCAGCUGCUGCCGCCACAGCACCUUAUGGCAGUGCCGCAGAAGGUGGAGAUGAAGGUCUUGUCCUGGUCCACGGACAUUGAAACACGCAGCGAGACGAUGGAGGAGUGCAGCAUGAUGCGGACCAUGGCCAAGUCCUUCGGCGUCACUAGGGCACGCAACUUGGAAACGAGCUCCAACGUCAGCGUUGCGGGCUAUAGCAAGCAGUCUGAGUCCAAGGAGUCCAGCGCAGAGAAGGCCAACAGGGAUGAGAGCAAUGCGAGCAAGAGCAGCAGCCGCUCCCACACAUCCCACCAUCUGAGGGUCAAGGCAAUCGGGAGAUUCCUGCUUGAUCUGCCUGAAAAGGCCGAUUUGGCCUUCUCAGUUAAGGCGAUGCAGCGCUUGCGCAGCAUCUACAAGGCAUGGUUGCCGCAUUCAGACUCCGAUGUGGUCAUGGACCUGUUGGCGGAACAGGAGCGGAGCCGGAUGCUGCGAGCAUUCUUCGAGGACUUUGGAUCACACCUGAACUGUGGACCUAUCAGCAUAGGGGGGCUCUUCAUGAUUGAGGGCAAGAUCACAUCCAAGGAGGAGCUCUCAGCUGAGUCUUCAAGCAAGCUUUUUGCACAGACUGUGAGGCGGGAAAGCUCCGAGUCGCAGAAGUCCGGCUUCGAUGGUGAGGCCGCCAAGAAGGGCCUCAUGCCUGAGGCCGGUGGAGCCGAGGCUGCGGGAGGCCAAGCUGGGAUGGUCGCCCAAGGCGUCGGGAAGUUGCUCCAAACCGUCCACGUGUCCACCUCCAACUCGUCGGCAGCAUCAGAUGCCAAAGAGCAGGCUCGUCAAGAAGAGCGAGAGACUGUUGAGCAGCAGAGAAACGCUGCCGUGGAGAUCAAGCGUAGCACCUAUGGUGGUCUGCCCACGGACGACUUGGUCCAGUGGUCCGAGUCCGUGAUGCGAGAGUCUGAGAAGGGGGCGCGCCUCGAAGUCAUCGACUUCCGGCCCGACUUGGUGGGUGUGUGGGAGAUCGUGCAGAACUCUUACUGGGAUUUCGGCACCCUCAAAGCGCAUGUUGUGCAAGCCAAAGAGCUGGCUAACUUUGUUACCACGCUGCAACUUGUUUUUGAGGAUUCCUACUUCCGCUACUUCACUUUCCUUGCCAUGAGCUUCGGAGUCGAGCGGGCGGUAUUGAAAGACCGUGAGAAGAUGCUGCAGACCAUGCAUCUGCCCAACAAGCCGCACUGGGUCCUCAUGAUUCCAAAGGCUGACAAAAGAGGCAUCCCCAGCGACGAUGUCCGCUCCAUCCUGCCGGCGACGUGCACGGCCUGGGUCAACAGUGACUACAAGUCCAUCCAAGAGUUUGCGCAGUACCUGAUGCUUGAGUUUAAAGCCAUGUUCGGGCAAGCGAGCUCCUGCCCAAUUUGCAACAGACAGUGCCUACCCUGCGAGAUGCCCAGCCACCUCAGGCACUGCUCCGCCAACGAGAGCUUGCCAGGCAUUUUCUCGCAGAAGGAAAAGGAGCUGUUCUUGUCCUAUGAGUUGCGCAUGCACUACAGUGGCAUGGGCACUGGGAGGCUGGGCUUCUGCUUGAUGAUGAAGAUUUGCUGCUUCCUUUGCGGGGAGAAGAUCUCGGCCUGCAAGUUGUUCGACCACCUUCGCGAUUGCAGCAAGGCGAUGCAGGGCCCAACAUCCUGGAAGGUGAAGGGCGAAGGCUCGAAGGGAGUGUACUGCGACCCUGUGGGCGUUCUCCCCCUCACCACCUACAAGCCAAAGAUCCCAGUCAACCUUCAGGUGAUCCCUGGUAGCGAUGCAGAGAACUUCAUGACGAUUUCGGGGCUCAUUGUCCAGAAGUUCAUCCCCUUCGCGCGAAAGCUCCCGCCACAUGUGGAAGCCAUGCUGAAGGAAGGGUACACGCUCCGUCGGAAGAAUGGGGUGUUGGACAAAGAGGAGGCACGGGAGAAGGGGGAGAUGGAGGCUACGGAUGCCAUAAAGCUGGAGAGCAUGAGGAGCCACUGGGAGAAGGAAGAUAUUCCCGAGCAGCUGCAGCGAUUCGGGGUGCACUUCAACCAGAAGAUGAAGGAGGCGGGCUUCUUCGACAAGGAUAAUCUGGACGGCGAUGCACUAAGCACGCACGAGCAUCAACCAGCUGAUCCAGUGAUGAGGACAUACUUCAUGGACAAGUCGCAGCAAUUGCGGCAUGCAGCUCUCAGCAAUUAUUGCAGUGGGCAGAUUCGGACAAUCGUCCAGAAGUUCGUGAAGAAGCUCAAGUUGCCCCUCAGCAAAGAAGACAUUGAAGAACAGAAGAAGGCAUGCCGUGAGGAGAUCCAGAACCAACUUGAGAGGAAGGCGUGGAAGAUUCUCAAGCUGGACUGGCUGUGUCAUUGCAAAGAUGCAAAGGUGGUGAAGUGCUGCGAGGUGACGGCCGCCCAAGUGAUCCAGAAGGUUGACAACUGCGUCGAGUGGCUCUGGGAGGGCAUCGAGAAAAUGAUUCCUGACUAUUCCCUGGAGACUUGGCAAGCGGAGUGGCAGGACGGGGUGUGGUUCUUGGGGUGCCUCUGGCAACCACAGAAGGAUAAGCCCGAGACCAAAGAAUGGUCCAAGCGUGAUAACAUCGACGAGUGGCGUUUCUGCAAUGCUGAGCCCCUAUCCAAGCGCCAUGACGAUGUCCUGAACUUUGAUUUUGAACUCUUCUUUGACGAACAGAGUCUGACCCCAGCGCAGAGGCUGUGCCGGUCCAUUUACACUUGGUACACGCAGCUGCAGCAAGGCCCGGAGGCGAAUGCAAAACCUGUUCACGAAGCUUUGGACCAGUUGCAGGUGGUUUCCAGCAAUGCUCCGGAGCUGGCGAGCAUCUUCGACGAGCUGCUCAAGGCCACGUGGAAAGGCCACAAGGCGUGUCAGAUGGCAUGCGAGGUUUGCUUGGGUCCUUUGUGUGCUGGGUCCCACGAGACGAAAAGAAAGUGCCUUGUUAUGGAGCUGCUUCUGGACAAGUUCAAGCUCCAUUUGGCGCGGUCACCGGUCGUCGCAGAAAAUGCAGUGGAGCUUUUUGCCCGCAAUCCUCACCUUCGGGGCAAGUUGCAGACGACCCUCCGAGAUCCAAAGACGUAUUUGGAGUUUUGGCUGAGAUGUUCAGUCGACAGCAUCGACGUGAAGGAUGCGCUGCAAGUGAUUCUCCAGCACCUCGCGGUUCUCAACAUGGACAACAUCCACGACCCGCUUGGCCUCGCAUCGCAUCUCUGCCAGGUGGUUUCCCAGAUCAGCGGAGCAGUCCCACCGCUCUAUGUGCGAUUGUGUGAGUUGCUGGCUGACCGCUACUUCCAGCACUACCAAUCCCAGCCGCAGAAGCCGUUCCACUUCAUGAAGCACCUGUGCAUGCGCGAUCCUCCAAGCUCCUCUCAUGCCAUGGACCUGCUUUGGGCGAUCAAGGUGAGCCAUAGCCCGGCCUUGCAGACCUUGUGUGACAAGUUCUUGGAACGAGCUUCGGGCGGUGCCAAACUGAAGUCCAUUGCCUUUGCGCUGCUGCGGGCGGCGUGGGGUGACGAGUUUCAGAACGAGGCAGCCUGCCUUAGUACCUUAGCGCUUGUGCCCGAGGAGAGGCGAAAGCAGUUUCUGUUUGAGAGGACCAAGUGCGCCGAUGAAACUCUUGUGCGCAACUUGCUGCAGAUCAAGUACUGGCACAGCACGCCCUAUCUCAAGCAGCUGCUGUACCACUGGCAUGAUGGAGUGCUAAUUGACAUGCUGCUGAUGCUCGAGAGCGACUCUGAGCCAGAAGUCCCCAGCCCUCAGUCACUCCUGUUUGCAGAGGCGAGGGCAGAGAGCGACGGUGAGCAGCUCGAGAUUAUCAUGCAGCUGCAGCCAAACCCGGACCCCUCCGCGCCAGGGGAGGAUGGCACGGGCAUGUCCGCCUUGGACUAUUGCAUGCUCCAUGAUGACAAAGGCUUCCGGAUGUUCCAAGCAUGCAGCGCAGCAAUGCAGGGGCUGGCCUUGAUUGCGGCCGUGAACUAUGGCAGCGCCAAGCUGGUGGACCAGCUGCUUGCUGCGUGCCAGGAGGAAAUAGGCCGCGUCCAAGAUCCGCUGGGUUCAAACCUACUCCAUGCUCUGAUCCAGUCACACGGUGCUUUCGACCCGGUGGCAAUGCAGGGUCGGAGGCCCCGCCAUCAGAUCCAGGAAGCUCCGCAGGUUCAGCUGGUCAAGUUGCUCGAGCUCCGCGCAAACGUGAAUGCUGUCGGUGGGCAGCCACUGCGAAGCCCGCUGGAGCUGGCCUGCGAGCGCAUGAUUGCACCCAAAGCAGCCUUGGCCAUGAUCAGGCAACUCUUGCAGGCGCAGGCAUCAGUGGAUGUGUCCCAUGGCCUAGGUGCCCUCAAUUUCGCUGUCCAGAACCCAGCUGUCCCGUUUGAAGUCGUGGACCUGCUGCUGCAGCACAAUGCUGAAGUCACGCCGAGCAUUCUUGAAGUUGCCCGCAAGAACCCUCGGCUGGCCUCAGAGACGCUAGCCGCGCUGGAGCAAGCGCUUCAGCUAGAAAAAGGUGCGGCCCCCCACAGCGAUCUUGCGCAAGUCCCUGUGCUAGUGAGGACCUCUUGCGGCCCAGACUUACCCGCAAGCCCUCGGACUCCUCGGACUGCAAGCCCUCGGACUCCUCGGACUGUCAGGUACGCGUAUACUACCGUGACUGCUUCCCCUGGAGCAACUUACAGGUCGACUCAGAGUCUGACUACCAUGACCGCUUCCCCUGGAGCAACUUACAGGUCGACCCAGAGUCUCACUGAUUUGGUUGGCCAGCUGCGUACUCCACGCUCCUGA